GUCCUUCUUUCACAGCCCCCUUUUUUCUCGUUUUUAUAAAAUGUCAGUACUAAUCUCACGCUGUGAUUUUAUUGCUCAACUGCCAGAGGAAGAAAAAGAAGCGUUUGAGAACAUCUUCCCUUGUAACAAGUAUCCUUCUGAUGAAAGAAUUAUGAUCAGUUUUGAGCAGUGGAGCACAAUCAAGCUGGAUUAUGAUCAAAAGAUGAAGGACUAUUAUGGAUUUAUCAAAGCCUUACCCGCAGAUAAAUCUUAUGAAAAUGAUCCUUAUAUUCAAUACUCAGACAUAGUCCAGAACUGUCCGCGUAUUCUUCGACCUCUUCAAAUCGAAGACGAGAAAGAGCCUGCGCCCGGAGCCCUUUAUCAAAUUGCCAUCCAAAAUAAACCGGAUAUAAAAAUCAUUGAGAUUGAAUCGCUUGGUCAACUGGAACAGCUCUUGAUGAACAGCUACCAAUAUGAAGAUUGCAGCACAACUAACGAAAUUAAUAUCGAGAUGCUGACCAAGGAUUUGAUGUCUGGCAAGAUAUUUUACAAGAUCAACAGUAGUGUUUACUCUCAAAUUUGCGACUUCAAGUACAUGAAUAAACUUUUACUAAAGCCGCAGCAAGAAUUAGGCCAUAUACCUUCAGUUCCUUACAACAAAUGUUUGGCUAUAUUUAUGGUGCUCUAUUAUAUGCGAUGCGAUUAUCUGUGUACGGAAUUUGUUAAGAAUAUGGAAAUGAUUAUGGGAAAUUUUCAUGGUUUGUUGGACAUGCGGGAACUCAUGUUGAAGUUACACUUUCCUAUUUCGGUCGCACAAGAAGAUCUCGUUUCACAAGAAAUGUUACACACAUUAGCAGACGGAUUUCCGACGUUGGUGGACAUGAAGCUUUCCUUUUAUAAAUUUGGUGUUAUGGAAACCGGCCACAAAAUCACGUUAUGUUUCUCAAAAUCCAAAUCAUUUUACAUGAACAAGAUUACAUAUUCCACUUUUGCCGAGCAUUUUGAAAACAUGACAGUAAACAAAUUAAGACGUUAUCAGCAAUUUAGGCUAUCCAUGCUUUACACCUUUAAAUUAAUUAUACCUGAUCAAGAGAAUUUUGAGCUCGCCAAAUCGGUGGGAUUUAUUGACUCAAAUCGGAUCGACUGGCAGUUUUGGAAAGAUAAUGUGAUUAAGUGCCCGUAUUUUAUUCACCAUUCAAGUCAGGAUUUCUUGGUGAAGCGCCAAUAUGAUACUUUGACAAGCAUGAAAAAAAGGUACUACAAUUUCUUUUCUAACUUGUAUACAGAUUACCAUCGCACCUUUGUUCAUGAACCUGUGUCGCUGGUGUUUAAUAUCGCUGCUGUAAUUUUUGCUAUGACAGGUGUCAUAUCCGUCCUGCAAAAUGCUGGAAUUAUUCCUUCUCUAUAUAAAUAAAAAAGUAAUUAAUUUUUUU